GUGUCUAUAAUAGCUUAUUACUAAUAUUUUAACGCUGAAUUGGUUUCUGGUUUAUUCGAAAUGAAAGAAUUUCUUGUUGGCCUUGCCUUGAUCGCCGUUGUUGCAUCCGAAUGCAAAAUCCCAAUCAAACACUACAAAACUAUGGCUUGCACGGCCGUAACGGAUAGCAAAUCUGAUUGUCCAACAAGGUACGAGUGUCCUAGUAUAACCAAACACGACAACUCAAAAUGUUAUUUCAAUGGAAGAACUUAUGAACUGAGUGAGUCGAUUCCAAACGCGUUAGUGAAUCCCUUCUGCUCAGCGCAAUGCUACUGUCGAAGUGCAUCACCAUUUGCCCAAUUUCGCUGUUCGAAUAUUGAUUGCGCCGACACUUACCAAAAAAUUGGGGAUGACUGUAUUCGCACGUACAAACCGAAUAGUUGUUGUUCAACGGGCAAAGUUUGUGGCGAGGAAAGGAAGAAGUUGGCCACAUGUGUGGUGAAGGGCGCCAAGUACCUAGCUGGUGAGCGCAUGCACCCGACCUCAAAUAAGUGCUUCACCUGCAUCUGCCACGCAGGUUUCAGCGAGGCAAACAUAGCAGUGGAUCCAAAUUGUUACGAAUCAUCCUGCGGGUUUGAAUUGUCCUCUUCCUCCAAGCAGGCAUACAGUGGGGCCGCUCCGGUAUAUUUCGAAGAUGGAUGCUGUCCAUGGGAAUGGAGAAUGCCUAAGGAAUCGGAUAAAUUGGUUGAACAAUCCGGAAAGAAAGUCUCCAGUCAUCCAGCACUGCAGUGCAAAUACGGUAAACUAACUAUGAAUAUUGGCGACAUGUUGAUACCAGAAGUGACUAAUGGAUUUACCUACACUUGUACCUGUGCGAUUCCACCGAUGGUCCAAUGCGCCAGAUCAAAGAAUACUGCCGUCUGAAUCGAUUGUAAACAGUAUUGUAAUAAAU